AUGGAAAAUCGGAAGACGAUCGGUCAGGAGCAGCCGAAGAAGUCGAAUAAGCGGAAGAGAGAAGCUUCCGCGGCGAUUGAGAAUUUAAGUCCUGAGGAGAAAGAAGCUCAGAUCUCAUCGUUGAAGCAGGAGACGGUUGGGCUUUUCGAGUAUUUCAGAGAAAUGAUUGGUCAGACUCAGACAACAGAUCUGUUUCUAGGGUUGGGCGAUUUUUCCGCGUCAGUGAAUUCCAUGGUGGCUUUGUUGAUGGAGGAGAUGAGCUUGCCGUUGUCGAAGCUUGUGGAUGAGAUUUUCAUGAAAUUGAAGGAGAAGAUGGAAACUCUCACCAUUGCUGCUGUCAAGAGCGCUGUUGUUUCUGUCGGACAGAGACUGAGUUACGGUGUGCCCAACCCAGACGCCGAUCUUUUGGAGGAUGAUACUGAAUCUUGUCUCUGGUGCUGGGAGACGAGAGAUCUGAAAAUGAUGCCCAAAUCGGUUCGUGGACUGCUAAAAGUUCGCCGGACUUGUCGGAAGAAGAUCCAUGAAAGGAUUACAGCAGUUUCUGCAAUGUUAGCUGCAUUACAAAGAGCAGAGACGGAAAAGGCGUGCAGAUCUGAUCUUAGCAAAGCUGCUGAAAAGCUUGGUAAAAUACUGAAUGAGGUAGAUAUUCGAUCAUUCAUGGAUAACAUGCUGCAGAAGAACAGCACAGAGAUGGCUGAGAAAGACACAAAGCGAGAAGAGAAACUGCUGCUUAAACAAUUUGAGAAAAGUAGAUGUGAAGCUGAGAAAGAAAAGAAGAGAAUGGACCGUCAAAUAUUGAAAGAAAGACUGCAACAUGAGCAGAAGGCACUUAAUGAUGAAAAAGAAAAGGAAGAGUCUGAGUCGAGAAAGCGGAUAAAGAAACAGCAGGAUGAGUCAGAAAGAGAGCAUAGACGUAGAGAGAAGGAACAAGCCGAGCUAAAGAAGCAACUUGAAGUACAGAAACAGGCUUCAAUUAUGGAGCGGUUUCUUAAAAGAAGCAAAGACAUUUCAUUGACCCAACCCAAACUUCCUUCUGGUGAAGUGACAGCUCAGGGUCCACCAUGUAAAAAAGAUGAGAAUGAAACUGGAACAGUUAUUCAGGCUAUUGAUAAUGCCUUUUCAACAACUUGUGAAACUACAGUUGAUGAUAUUCGCAGGGCACACUUUGCUUCCUGGCGCCAGUUGGGUCAUUUGCUCUCAAGUUCAAAAAAGCAUUGGGGGAUGCGUAGGCAGCCUAAGGUUGAGCUGUUUCCAAAACUAAAACUAUCUACAAGUAAGGGAGCAACAUCUGAAGGUGAACCUAACAUGGAGAAGCAAGGGAAUGAAUGUGAAGAGAAAAACUUGGGCGGUGUAUCUUACAUUAGGCAGUGUGAGUCUUCAUCAUCUGAUCUUAAGAAGUACAGGAGAGCCAAGAAGUUGUUACAGUUUGAUAAAAGCUGCCGACCAGCCUUUUAUGGUAUCUGGCCUAGCCAAAGUCAAGUUGUAGGGCCACGGCAUCCUCUGAAAAAGGAUCCAGAAUUGGAUUAUGAUGUUGAUAGUGAUGAAGAAUGGGAAGAGGAACAGCCUGGUGAAAGCCUUUCAGAUUGUGAGAACGAUGAAGAGGAAUGUUUGGAAGAAGGAUGUUCAAAGGCUGAUGAUGACGAUGAUAGUGAAGAUGGCUUUUUUGUGCCUGAUGGUUAUCUCUCAGAAGACGAGGGGGUCCAUGUGGACAGAAUGGACAUUGAUCCGUCUGAACAGGAUGCAAGUUCGCCUCCAUCUAAGCAAGACAAAGAGAGUCCAGAGUUUCGAGCAUUACUACAUCAGCAAAAACAUCUGCAAAGUUUGACUGAGCACGCACUGACAAAAACGCAGCCACUGAUCAUAUGUAACCUAACACAUGAAAAGGUCCCUCUCUUAACUGCUAAAGAUCUAGAGGGGACACAGAAAGUGGAACAGAUAUGUCUGCGAGCUCUCGUGGUGCGAGCAGUGCCUUGGUCUUCACCCAUUGUGAUAUCGAUCAGUGAAAUGCAAGAUGAGGAUGAAGAAGCCGGAAAGUCAUCUUGUAGUCAAAGCACUCCUCCGUCUGUUUCAAGAGCAAGAUCCAUACCAGACUCGGAUUUGCUUACAGUUGUAUCAACAAUUCAGUCAUGCUCUCAAGGUAUGAAUAGGGUGGUUGAAACAUUGCAACAGAAGUUCCCUGAUGUUCCAAAAACCAAACUAAGACAAAAAGUGCGUGAGAUAUCAGAUUUCGAGGAUAGCCGUUGGCAGGUAAAGAAAGAAGUAUUGACAAAGCUUGGGUUAUCGCCAUCACCAGAUAAAGGUGUUAGGAGGCCAAAAACGAUAUCUACCUUCUUCUCGAAACGCUGUUUGCCUCCAUCGACAAAGCCACCCGCAGUUGAAGAGGCAGAGCGAUUAGAGAAUGAGAAUGCUUAA